AUGUUUGCGCCGACGUUGCGGCGCUAUGCUGCGCCAGGCUUCUGGAAGAAAACCAGUGAACGCUUUGCGCAGCAAGCUCGCGUAGCGAUUAAUCUGGAGGGCUUAACUCUUCCCAUCAAACCGUACCCAAUGCUCGAUUUCGCCGACCCCGAGACGUCGACAUGGAUGAAGACUAUGACUGACAAGCAAGUGGGCGGCAUUUCCACCGCGGAAGUCCAGCACGUACCCGCCAAUGUCUCAACAAAUCCACACACGCCCGCACACAUGCUCUUCCAGGGCAACAUUUCAACAAAAUUACCCGAGAACCGGCUGGAUGUUCUGCGAACAGGGUACGCUGCAUGGCGAAAUCAAGAUCUCGGAAACACUCUUUUCGGCGAACUGUUCUGGAACGUCGACUCAUACAUGUACCUCGCACUAAGAGUGAAAAGCGACGGGCGGAAAUACUUCGUCAACAUCCAGACUGACUCCAUUGUGGACACAGAUAUCCACCAGCAUCGGCUGUACACCAAGCACCAUGCAGGCGCAGAAGGUCCGUCAGACCCGGGAAGGUGGGAGACAGUGCUCGUGAAGCUGCACGAGUUCGUCCGAACAAAUCAUGGUCUGGUCACAGAACCGCAAUCAGAGAUGCUGCGACAGAAAGUCAAGACUGUAGGCAUUGGCCUGACAGAUCGGACCCCUGGGCCUUUCAAGCUCGGCAUCGCGGGCAUCUGGGCAACGAACUUGAACGAGCGGGGGCAAGUUGACGGAAGAACAGGAUGGCAAGACUGCGACACCGGCAGCGCACGCCUGCCGGAGGUUACAGAGGAGAAACUUGCACAGAAAGCAGAGGAGCGAAGGCUUCUGCCGAAGGAAGAGAAAUCCUUCCGAGAUAUUAUGCCUCAAUUUGCGAGGUCGGGCAAGGAGCCAUCUUCCACUAAAGACUGA